AGAGGAGGGGACGGUCAUGCUUUAUGACUUAGUGAGGAUAUAAAGAAACCAACCAUAAUCAGUUAAAACAGAGAGAAAGCAACAGGCAUCACCCUGGAUGAUAGAUUAGAGAUUAGGAUGAAGACUCUGGUGUUAUUCUCACUGGGCCUCUCAGUUGCCUUGGGGAAACCGAUGUUGACCCCAGAUGUGGAUCAACCACCUGCUGUUAGAGGUGAUGCCCAGAGUCCUGUCCUGGGAGACCUGGUACCUGAGCAAGGUCAUGUGGUGGUGAAGGAUCCUGGACCACAAGUCAAUCUGAACUCCAGAGAGCUGCAGGAGAAACCAGCUGCUGUGGCUGAGAAGAUGGAGGUCAAAGCAGAACCAGAGGUCAAGAUGGAUGACCAAGUUAAAGCAGAGCAAGAACUAGAACCUGUGGAGGGAGAGGUUGAAGUAGAGCCAGACAAAGAAAUCGAUCUCCACACUGACGCUGAUUUUAAGGUGGAAUCAGAAGUUCUGUUUGACUCUGAGAAGGGAAAAUAUGAGCCAGUCACGGAGAAUGAUGAUGAGGAAGAGGAGGAUCUUGUUGAGAAGAAAAAGGAUUUCCAGGAAGGUGAACCUGAGAUGAUGGUGAUGGAACCGCAGAAGGUGCCACAAUUAGUGAAUUAUUUCUCUGAUAAAGAGACCGUGAUGGAGAUGUCCUCCAGAGAAGAUCAUUCACCAACAGAGGACAAAGGUCUUCAGAUUAACGUGGGACAACAGCAAGCUCUGAUGAGAGGAAAUGCCACGAGCUCAGGGGGGCGGUAUUGCACUGGCACGUUCACUGGAGGAACUUGUUACCAAUUCUUCAAAGAGGCAAAGACUCAUGGGGAUGCUGAGAUGUUCUGCCAGGAACAGUUUCCAGGAGGUCACUUGACCUCCAUCCCAAACCAGAACAUCCACAUGCAUUUGAUGAGUCUGAUACUAAAGGAAAACGGAGCUUACACACGCACCUGGAUGGGAGGACUACGACUGGAUAGUCAUCGGUUCAUCUGGAUGGACGGAUCUCCCUGGAGCUAUGAUGACUGGCUGCCAGGAGAACCCAACGACACAGCAGGAGUGGAGGACUGCGUGGAGGUGUUGGGAAAUGGGAAGUUUAAUGACUUCACUUGCUGGGAACCUCAGGCUUUCAUCUGCUCCUUCCCUCUUGAUACUUGUGCAGGGAAAUCCGUGACAAGCUGCCUCUCAGCCUGAUUUAAAGUUUAUUCAACUGUUUUCCUGCCAUAUGUCAAACAACAGGAACCAUAAUCUGAUAAAACACCCCGGAUGAUUUCAUCUGAAUGAAUAAUAAAACCGUCCUGUCAGUCGAGACUCAUUUUGGGAUGCAGAGCAGUUUUAAGUUUGUUUUCUGCUUUCUUUACCGGUAAAAAUGGGUGGAGUUUAGUUAUAUGAAAUUAUGUCACAUGGUAAUAUGCUCCAAUCAGAUUUCAGUAACAUUUGACUUGUAAUAAUGACAGCUGGUGGUUGUUUUAUUUGUUUCUGGAGGUUUUUCUGUCAACUUUUUAUGAAGCGGCAGCUUAAAAAAUGGAUGUGGAAUUGUGUAAAAUAUUUUUCGACCACUAAUUUUGUUAUAGUCUGCUUCCAUGAGGCCAGACUGUCUUAUAAUCUUCUUUUUUCAGAGUUUUUAUGUGGGUUUUGAUUGAUUCUUUGCUCAUUUCUGUCCUCGUACUCGACAAAAGCAUCAUACCAUACAGUGUAAGCUCCAAAUAAUUAUAAAAGGAUAACUGAAAAAC